AUGGAGAAUAAUGAUAUGUCAAUCAGUUUAUAUACUAAUAAUAAUAAAAGAAUAAAAAUAAUUGAUAUUCAUAAAUAUUUAAAAGAACAUAAAUUAUUAUCAAAAUUUGUUGGUGAAAAUGAAAUAUUAUUUGAAUAUGGUUCUAUAGCACCUUCACCAUCAAAAGAUUAUGGUCACAUAGAAAUUAAUUUUAAUGAAGUUAUUAUUCGAUGGUGGAAAAUAACUCUUAGAAAUAUCGAAGGUUCAAUUUAUCCAUGUCAAAUAAGAAAUAAUUAUGAAGAUUUUUCUAAUGAUGAAAUAGCUCAACGGGAAAUUUGUCGAAUAUUUGGUAAAGAAAUUCUUGAUUAUUGUUUAAAUAUUAUUUAUGGUAAUAUAGAUUGGUUUAAAUAUUUACCAUUAAAUAUUAAAAUAAAAAUAUUUUCAUAUGUUAAUCUUGAUGAUAUUCCACGUAUAUCUUCUGUAUCAAAAUUAUUUCGUUCAAUAUCUCGUCAUAAUGAUCUUUGGAAAAUAUUUUAUAUACGUCAACAUGGUUAUCAACUUUUUAAAAAUAAAUAUUUUAUACAUUUAGCUAAAAUAUAUGGUUGGCGUCGUCUUUUUUUUACUAAUAAGUUAAAAUUACAAAUGGAAUUACGUCGACAAUCUCUAUCCAUAUAUCAUCAUCAACAACAUUCAUUAGACUUCGACAAUCAAAAACAAUUUCAAACAACGACAUCAGAUAUAAUAAGAGAAAAAGAAAAAAAAGAAAAAGAAGAAGAACAACAAUAA